AUGGCCUCUAUCACGUGGCUCGACAAACUGGAGCAGGAGCUCAAUAUUGAUGUCGACUGGAUGGAUCCCAACUACAUCAAGUCGAUGCUGCCCAAGAUCCGUUUCCACGACCAGACGAGCAACCAGCUGUGGGUGGACAUCCAGCUCGGCGACGAGUCCAACGCGGAACUGCUCAAGCAGACGGCCGCCGAGCUCAAGGAUGCGGGCUGGCUGGCCAUCUACACGCGCAUGGCCGUGCUGAUGGUCAAGAAGAACAUUGACAUGAUUUCGGGUCGCGUACUGCUGCAGACACUGCCAUCCAAGGCCUACGACACAGAGUUCACGCUGUCACACGCCCGUCUCUACGAUGCUGAGUUCAAGCGCGCCGGCAUCAGCCGCGACCGCUUCGCCAUCAAGAUUCCCAGCACCGGCCCUGCGCUCAAUGCCGCUAAGAUCUUGCAGGCCGAGGGCAUCCAGACAUUGGGCACGGCGCUCUUCGGCGUGCCUCAGGCCGUUGCAUGCUCCCAGGCCGGCUGCCUCUACAUCAGCCCCUACUACAACGACACGCGCGCCCAUGACUUCCCUGAUGAGCUGUGGCCCAAUGUCAAGGACCCUGCCAAGGAACACCCCAACUCGCCUCGCGUGGUGCAGAUCCUCGAGGUCUAUCGCCGCCUCUACAAGGCAACCGGCAAGGAACAGCCUCUACUCAAGAACGCCAGCAUCAUUUCGGCUGAGGAGGCCCUGGCUACCGGCGAAAUGGGCUGCCACUCAGUCACCGCCUCGCACACGGUGCUCAACGAACUGGCCUCGCGCACGUACGAUGCCUCGACGCAGCCUGGUCAGGGCAUACCAAAGACGGCACUGCAGUACCGCGACGGCUCGCCGGCCGUACCUGCGCGUCUACAAUCGCUGCUGGCGGUCGACCCGCUCCGCGAGGACGGCAAGCCGCAGCUCACGCUUGACGAGGCUGUCAAGAUUGAUUACCUCGCCGAAGGCGGCAAGGCUCUCGAUGCCGCCAUUGCCGCUGACCCGGCUUCGAAGAAGCGCCUCGAGGUCGCUCUGGAGCUCUUCACAGGCGGCGAGAACCGUAGCAAGGAAAAGAUUGAGAAGGCCCUGGCUGCUCUGUAA